CUUGUUAUGGCUUAUUGGAAGGAUUGGGAAGGAUUGGUGCUAAUGUUUUGAUCUAUUCUAUAAAUUAAAACCCGGGAAUUCGUAGUUCCUUGUAGAAAUGACUGUCUGGAAAGCACUCGAGACUCCACAACUCGGAGUAGGUAGGUAAAAAGGCCAGUUUCGUGCUGAACGAUCGUGAUUUCCUCAGCCAUGAGUGAUUUGUCCUUAUAGCUGUGAAGAUAGAUGUCGGUGUCCCUUGCAAUCCAUAUCUUUUAUUUUGAUUAAUUUUCAGCUAUUUACAAUUUCCAUGGAAAAGGAUUGUAUCAGCUCAAGCUUCAGCUUGGUGAGACUGUUCAGAUCCUAGAGGAAAGUCCAGGUGAAGAUUUUGGUUUCUGAUAUCUCAUUGUGCACGUUAUCGAAAGUAUAAGAUAGUGCAAUAACUGGUAAAAAUCACGGAAAUUCCUGUACUUGAAUUUCUUAGAUGCGCCUCACACAUUUAUCACUUCAUUUUUCAAUAAAGAAAAUGGCUCAGGGUUUCGAUACCUAAACAAAAAUGAUUAACAUGACACCUUGCAUCGCUAACAGAUCUGUUACAAAUAUUCAUUUUCCAUUUCCUUAGUAGGGAGGGGGUGGGGGAGGGGUAUAAAGGUAAAGUCUGUUUGGAGCUAAAUUUUUCUGAAGGUUGGGUGAGCUAAUGAAAAGAAUUUACAAGGGAAACAGUUAACAGUGAAAGUACAUUUUAAACAAAGAGAUCUUGAACAUUUCCUUUGUCAAAUAGUUGAAGGUGAGAAGAUUGAAUUGUUGUGUGUGAAACUUUAUAAGUUUAAAAAAUUCAUAGAAGAUCCUUAAAUUUCUGGCUAGGUAGGCUGAGAGAAAGGGUCCUGGCUAGCCAAUUUUUAGUGCAUGAAUUUCACACUUGAUAUCAUCUAUAAUUCUGGAAAUGUUCUCACCACUUUUGUAAUAUGGCAAAGAAGAUCUUGCAUUGACUACACAUAUGAUAUGACAUAUCUGGCUGAAACAUAUUCUUCCCCAAGGGCAAUAGGGUACCCUAAGGUAUAACUUCCAAGGGUAGAUAACUAGAUGGUACCUAAUUUUGAGCACUGAUACAUCUUGGAUAGAAGAUUAUUGCAUAUGUAAAGAUAUAAAGUAGUGGUCAGCUGCCUUUACAGUCUAUAAUAGUGUUGCUUUUUGGGGUCAAGUGCAUAUUGAAAUGAAUCGUAUCCAACAUGAUAUAUUUUUAUGUACUUAGGAUGGUACAGAGGAUUUUCAUUAAGGAACAAAGCUGCUAAGGUCUGUUGUAAUAGUUAACAGUUUUUUAAUGUGUGAUAAUUCCACUGGGGAGAAACACUUAAAUUGUGUCCUUUUGAAUUGUCUGCAGUCAUAAAUAUUGCAUCAUAUCCUUUGCUUUCAAUGCCUUUUUUGGCAAUAUCCAGUACAAUAAAACAUUGAGGAAUAAGUAUGGGGACUGUUCUGACAGUCUUCCUAACAGCCUCAAAAUCAGUAAAAUUGAUUAGUAAACCCCUUUAAAUGCUGAAGGAACAAUAUAACUCCAGUUCAACUAAAAAAUCUCAUAUCCACUUUUUUUUGAACACGUGACAAAAAAUAUCAUAUCUUUAAAUUUAAACAAUUUGAAUUAGCCAAUUGAACAAUAAAAAUGAAACAAACUUUGUAAUUGCGCAUGCCAGGGUAUAAAUGCCAACUGAGUUCUUUCAUAGUUUUUAAUCAAUUCCACAAAUGCAAAAAAGGUUGAAACAGGGACUAUAAUUUAUGCUUUUAUAAAAAUGCAUUUGUUAGUAAAAUUUUCCUUUUUUAUUCUAGGGAAUCUUUCCAAUCUCCUAUAUUUAUAUCAAGGAUGCUAAAGAUGAAUCCUCAAGGUAUUGUUUUGUGUUGUAGAAUAACUAAGAUGCUACAAGGGUACUGGUUGGUCAAAUACAGCUGUACUACAAACUUCUGAUCACUAUAUAAUUUUAUUUUUCAGUGGCACAGAAAGUGUUUUUAAGGAAGAGGCUCUGGUUGAAGAAUUGACUUCAGUUCUGCGAGAAUGGGGAGCCAUGUGGAAACAAGUCUAUUUGGUAAUCUGUGAUAAAUAUGUUAUUUCUUUCAAAAGGUAAAAAAAGGUAGAGUCUUUACUUGAGCCAAAUGGCCCAUCAGACUGGACAUUAUCCGGGUUUUCUUAUUGUAAAGUGACAAGGAGGAAUUCGCUCCUUGUGAAUGGAAUGCUAGUGCAUUGCAAGGUUACCCUCUAGCAUUUCAUGAGGUUUCCCUGAGAAUUUGCUGGUACCCAUUUAUACUCUUGGGCUGAGAGAGGUACUGUGAGAUUAAAAUGUUUUAUCUAGUAAGAACACAACAUGAUGUCAUAGACAGGUCUUGAAUCCAGACCUCUCCAUGCAGAGUCCAGUUGCUAAUUGAUAUUAAUUAUACACAACUUUUUGUAAUACAAUAUUGUGUAUUUUUUUUUUGUACUGUUCUUGUUGUGAAAUCUCUUCUUGGAAUUUAAAUUGCAGAGAAAGGAAGACAGGCUUUUUCAUGAAGUGAGAAACCUGAUGUUGGAAUUAAUGGACUGGAGAAAGCAAAUCUUAGCUAAGGCACUUCCAAAGGUAUGUAACAUACUUCAGGGUAGUGAGUGCUUACAAUAUUCCUGUAUAGCAAUUAAAAUGCUAUUUCAUCUUCCAGGAUCAGUUGAGACAAUUAAAGCAAAGAGUUACUCAAACAAUAGAUUAUGGAAACAGGUUUGUGGAUUAAGUGAUGAUUGUUUAUGUGGGGGAAAAGAUUUAUCAUUUGGUUUUCUUGGAUAAGACACUUUCUACACUUGUAAGUUUAAUCAACUAUUGCAUGACUCCUUACUUGAAAAGUUGAAAUAAUCAUAAAAUAAUUAGCAAAUAGUCAGGCUGCAUCCCCAGACACAUUUGUCGGGAUACCUAGUACAUCUCCUGCCCCUGGUAUUCCACCAUCCAGGAGGAGGUCUCGGAAAGCCUUGGGAGCUGAAUGAGUCAAACUACAUAAUCCAUAACAAGGUUGUUCAGACUUAACAUUGCUUGUACACUGUAUUUUUCCUGUUUCACAGGACAUUAGGCUUGGAUCUUGUGGUACGUGAUCCUGAGGGCAAUAUAAUUGAUCCUGAUUCAACAGGAGCCAUUCAACUUUAUAGACGGGUAAGUUUAUUGGCAAGUUAUUCAGCAAAAAAUCUGUCAUGUUCUGAUACCUCAAUGCUGCCAAUUGGCACAGAGCCCAGUUUAAAGGACAACUGAAAUGCUUUUGGUUUACCAUAUUCAUAAUUAUAAAUCCUUGUAGAUAUUAAGCAAUUAUUGGAUGAGGUUGAGCAUGAUGUCAUGAAUUGUCAGUGCCAAGGUCUGAGUCAUCUGCUAAAGCCAAAGACUGAGGCAGGUACACACAGACACAGGGUUUGAUAAUAAAUGGUAUUGUGAGAUAACUGAAUUCAAUUACUGUUUUACUGCACUUGUUUUAAACAAUUUGCAUUCAACUUCACAUACCAUUGUAUACUAUUAAACUUAAGACUUCAAAUGAAAACUCUGAUUGGUCUACAGUAUAAAGUCAAUAUACAAUGGUGUGUGAAAUUGACAUGAUAACCCAAUUUCUGCUGCAGAUAUUUAGUUAUCAUGUCAAGUUCAAAGUCCAUCUAGUUUCCAAGCCCCUUGUCUAUGUAGUGUGACAACACUAUGUAGAUAGUGUCUUCUUUUGCAUAUUGUUUAAAAAUAUAUAUAAUAAAACAAUUAUUGAAUUUAGCUUUCACAUGAUAUCAUGAAUUAUGAAACCUUGUUUUAUACCUUGCAUUGAUAAUUCAUGAUAUCAUGCUUAACCUCAUCCAAUAAUUGCCUAGAGACUGUAUGCUCUUUACUGAUCAGAGUUUUCAUAGUAGGUCUAAUAUAUAUUAGAGAAAUUACAUCUAAGAUUAGCAGUGAAAAGGCACAACUGGUGGACUUGCUAAAAGGCUUGAGUCAGCAAAAUUAACAAACCUCACUGGCUCUCUCUCUGAUUUAUGGAUUCUCAUUGCAUAACUAUAUUAGUUAAAUCAUAAAGUACAGAAUACUUUGAUCUACAUUGGAUUCAGUGCAAACAAAUCAUGCAGAGGUGAGUGUUAGUUAAAUAGUGGCAAAUGCUGUAGUGUUAUUGAAAUGUCAGAUGUCCUGAUUCAAAGUAAUGGACCUUUCAAUUGAUUUUUUUAGCAUAUCAGCACCUCAAACAGAAUAAAGUCUUCGGUAAGUUUUGAAUCUGAAGUCACUGUAACUGAGACAAAAAUAGUUAUUACAAAUGAUUAAACCUUGCUUCCACAUGGAAUAUUUGUUAGAAACCCAACAUAGCAUGACCAUUUAUUUCAUUCUACCCCAUUCCAGAUUGCAUACUGUAGUUGAUAUAAACUUGAGGCUGUGCUGAUUAUUGUUGUUGUUUUUUUUGGUAGUCAAUAGCUGAAUCACCAAAGAAAGAAGUUGCAUUUUACACAACAUAUAGUGUUUUUGCCAACGUUAAGGCUGUGGUGUGCAAUAUCACUGAUGAUUCACAGCUGUUUCUGUCACUCUACGAUGCCAAAGAAGAACGCUUCAUAAGGUGAGAACCUUUCUGUGGUGAACCAAAUUGAUUAUUAGUGACUUAAAAAGCAUUUAAAUGCACUGGAUAGGCAGUAAGAAACAUGUCAACUGUAGAUUUCAAUGUGCAUCACUUUGUAUAAUUUGUGAGUUCUUGUGUAAGAUUGAAAGUUGCAGAUUAAUUCAAAAUUUUUUUCCCUUUUUUACCUUUUAAAUUAUGUAUUUAGAAAAGAGAUUUUUCAAUACUUUUGUUUUGAAACAGUGAGCAGUACUUGGUGUCUUUGGAUAAAGCAGGAGUACCAAAAGAUCUUGAAAGAUUCCACAACCUCACUGUACUGUUCACAGUAAGUCAAACCACUACAAGUCUGAUUUAGGAGCUUUUAUUCAAUUUAUUUCAAAGUUUGGUAAAUUUAUUUAUCCAUGUGGGUCUAUUGUCAUGUUAUUAAUUAAAAGAUUGAGAAAUGAGAAAAAAAAACUAGUAUUAUUUUAAAUUUAUUUUAGACAACAAAAAAAACUACUAAAAUACUUAUAAGUGCUGUAUCUUUAACUGAGUUUCAGACUGAAAUUAUUUCAAACUGCAGAUUUACUAUUUUAAAUUGCAGAUUGAAAUUACUUAGAAACUGUGGAGCUGGAUUGGUGGGGGGUUUGGAGGAGGGGGUGUUGGUUUUUUUCCACUGAGUUCACGUGAUAAUAUAGAUUGGCAACCAUAUAGUUUCUAAAGCUGAUAUUUUGAGUGUCAUCCCUUUGUCAGAGUAAAUGACAGAUUCAUUCACUUUGGAAACAUCAACCAAUUUAUAUUUAUCAAGUAAACUCAGUUGAUCAAACCAAAUUAUACUGUUAAAUAAAUGAAGUUUGGAUUGUAACUUCUUGGCUUAGAGAUUGUGAUAAAACAAAGGGAAACAAAGGGAAACAAAGGGAAAUUCAAAUCAAACUAGUGUGAAAUUAUUAACUUAAGAUGAAAUAGAUUGUAAAGACAAAUUAAAUUAAAUUUUUCCUCUUUUGUUCUUAGGAUUUAGGAGCAAAGGACUUAAAACGUGAACCAGUUUAUAUUGUUUGCCAGAUUGUCAGAGUUGGUUAGUGUUUGUUAUCAACAAUUUAUAUUGAGAGGAUUUUUGUUAACAGUAACUACAGUACCAUGUAUUUUCUAGGGCUAAGGACAAAUUGUGUAGCUUGUAUAAUUGUACAGAAGGAAAGUUUUGACAACUUGAUACAAUGGAUGGAAGGGGAUGUAAGGGGAAAAGUAGGAAGUUUAAAAAAGGGAUGGUGACCAGCUUAUUGAAGGGUUAGUGGUAUACUGCUCUAUUACUCUGGUUCUGUAGGUAAACUGAAGAUGACAGAGGUAAAUUAGGAGGGAAUUAGCCAUUCAACUUGGGUUCCAGCACUAUCUACUUUUCAGCAACAUGUAUAUUUACUUAAAAAAAAAAACAAAAAAAAAACAAUGACAACAAAAAGAGAGGAAAACUUAUUAUUGUGCAAAGGAACCCUUAUGAUGACCUUCAAGCAAAGAAUUUCCAAGUCUGUAUAUCUGACUCUUUUCGUGUUUUUGCAGGACGUAUGGAUAUCAAAGAAACUGACAGCAAGAGGCUCACACACAAUCUGAGAAGACCAUUUGGCAUAGGGUGUAAGUUAUGAAUUCAACACACUUUAACAUUGCAUCCAUAAAGUAGCCAUGUACAGCUGUAGCAGUAUACUAUACAGUCGCAUGGUGGCUGAAUUCCAAUGUUGUUGGCCUUGAAACCAGGUAAAUUAAUGAGUGAUUAUUACUUAUUUCAUGAAAUUCAUGUUGAAUCCUUUAGUAUUGAACAUUGAGGACUUGUUUAAUGGCACUGCUCAAUAUGACGAAGAAAAAGAACAUUUCCUUCAACUACUUCUGUAAGUGUGAUUGUUUUUCUCCUCCUUUGUAGUUUUGGCAGGAAAUGUUUGCAAAAAGUUAAAUCUCUUCAUCUGAAAAUUAAGAACACUGUGGAUCACUCUAUGGUCUUUUAAAAUUUGCUUAUUAUAACCUCCCAUGCUGUUGAUGCUUUACUAGUUAUUUCUCUGUAAGGUAUACAUGUAGUUGCCAAUAUUUCAAUUAAGUACAUUGUAAGUUUUCAGAAAACAUUUGCAAGUUACUUAUUUUUACCAAAUGAUUUUCAGCCUUCCAGAUAAUCAAUCAUUUUCAUUUAAUUCUUGGAUAAAGCGCAUGACUUCUCAGCCACAAGAAGGCCUAAAAGGACAAGGUAUCCACUGCCUCAAUAGAGGUUCCUUAAUUCUUAACGGUUUUUGAAUGCAUAAUGAUGGAAUAUUAUUAACCACUUAUGAUAGUGUAAGAACUGUUAUUUAAGCUAUCCAAAACUUAUAGAAGACUAAAUAUUCAAUUGAAUUUGACUUUUGUUUUAUUCUGACCUUUACACAUUUUCUUUUUUAAGGAAUUUGCAUCUCUUUAAAACUUAUGGCAGGAGAUAUUGAACAGGUAAGAAGAUCAGGGGUAGUGUUGCUGUGAAAUAGAGAUACAGCAUAUACAUUUAGAAUUUUGAAAAAAUUAAUUAGUUUCUAAAGAUGCCUUUGCCGUGUUGCCUUACAAAGUUCCUUUACUGGAAAGAUGAACACUCCAAAAUUUGCCUUUUUCUCAAUUUGUGGCCUUCUAGCUUAGUUGGUAGUUGCCCUAAACUAAUUUGUAAAAGACACUGGUUCAAAUCUUGUCAAAGCCUGAAUUUUUUAGGCUUCUUUUCUGUAAUUACAUAAACUAUGGCGCAUCUGCAAGGAUCAUUUUUUUGAUUUCCAAAGAACACCACUGUAACAAAAUUUUCUUGCUUUUGUUACAGGCACAUAUCUUUAUGUGACCUUUUAGUUUCUCUCAUGCUGUGUAUUUGCAAUAUUCCAUUGAUCAUGACACUAUGUCUUUUCCUCUGUCAUCUUGCAGUUCAUUUUCAUGGAGUCUUUUAAUAAGAUAUUUUGUUGCAAACUUUUACAAUGUUUUAGAAAAACACUUGUGAAUAUUGGAGCAAAUAAUCAUGAAUGAUGAUGCUCUUUUAGAUAAGGGAAGAAUAUCCACUUCUUGUAAACAAACAAACAGCUGUUGCACGAAAACAUGGUUUUCCUGAGGUUAUCAUGCCAGGUGAGAAUUUGCUAUAAACUCUUGUUGAUAUUGUUCCAAUGAGACCUCACUUCACCAAUGGCCCUUUACUUCCAGAGAUCUGAUUGUCAAUUCUCCCCUCCAGCUAGUACACAUUUCCUUGUAAAUUAGUUCCAAGAAUUUGGUGGUAGAUCAAGACAACCAUCUCUUCUUGAUAAGUUAGAGUAUUCUCAUCACCUUUUUGCCAGAAAACAUGUGGAUAUUAUGGGGAGAAGUGGCAUUUUAAUCACUUCUGGGUGUUAAAAGGUUAACCUAGCGUGAUAGAUACAAGCAUGAAGCAAUUGAAGGUAAUAACUGUUAGAACUAGACUUUAUAAAGGCCCCAUGCUCCUUCCUGAAGACAUGGUAGUACACAUGAGGCAGUUAUUGUGAACUAGAGAAGAGCAUUCUUGACAGAGAGGCACAUAACAAGACUGUGCUAAUUUGUUCAAAUUAAUUUAAUUAUUAAUAUCUUUGGAAUAUGCUCAAUGUUAAAUGUCUGCUUAAUACAGUUGGUACUUUGCAUCUUUCUGGUGUUCUACAGCUGUUUUGUUACAUUACAUUUUGAUGCGUUUCUUUCUUUUCAGGUGACCUUCGAAAUGACUUAUAUCUUACCCUUCACUCUGGAGAAUUUGAGAAAGGUGAGUAUACUAAGACCAAAUGAGAAUUACUUGUUAAAAAUUCAGUUUAUGGCCAAAAUUUAAGGAGUGGAGAAACAAGAUAAACCUGAAUGGCCUUUCGUUGUCAAAAACCUGUAUAAUUGUUAGUGUUGGAGAAUGCAAAAUGGAUGACAUUGAAACCAGUAAAAACUUCUACUUACCAGUUGUUCAUUGCUGAUCAUAUCGCCAAUGAUCUGAUGCUUUGAACCUCCCAGUUUUUCAACAGGUUCAAGAAAAUUAUUUUUCAGUUCUCUUAUCUUGAGUUCUUUCACAAAUGGUGGAAAGUCAUGUAAACUUAACAUUUAAUGCUCUUACAGGUAAAAAGACAGCAUAUAAGAACAUUGAGGUCACAAUGCAUGUUCUGUCAGAUGAUGGCACAACUCUUGAGGUAAUCACUCAUCAGUACUAAAGAUUGUAUUCAUCAUGAAACAUAAACUUAAAAAAUAAACACUUAAAAAAUGUGCAAGCACUAUAUAACUUAGUGUCUAUGUUUUUGCUUUAAUGAGCAGAAAAUAGCAUUUAUUUUUCAAGACAACUGUGAUAAACAAUGUCGGUGCUGGUAUUCAUUACAUUGAUGCUGUUAUGCUUAGGACAAAUAUCUGCGGUAUAGACAAUGUAAAAAACUCCUCCAUUUUGGAAAUUCCCCAUUUUUUUUCCAGGAUAGUUGGUUGUUGCUUUGGUUAUUGUGAUCAAUACUGUGAUUGGUAGACUUAGCUGAGUAGACUAAGUAUGAUUGGCUGCUUCAACUGUCUAAUUACAGGUGUCUGAUCAUAGCCAACUGUCCAAUUGCUCUGUCGGAUUUCAACUGUACCAAAUGAUUAGUGAAGAAUAUGGCAGCUAAUGUACCAAUCAUAUUUGAGAAAUUGUAAUGGUUAUGAUUAAGAACCCUUAAACAGUCUGUUGUCCUGUCCACAUGCUCAACUCUAUAUGUUUCUUUUUGCCCAGAGCGAGAGAUUUAAUAGAUACAUGCUGUAAGAUUUUUUUGUUCUAUGAAUUAUUAAUGGCCUGAAUUGCGUACAUUUUUACAGCAUAAGCUAAUACCUGCUACGUAAGUGUUGAUUAACUUAUAAAUUAGAUAAAAAAAUAAUGCUUACACUCCUUUCAUACAGAAUGUGAUCUGCAUUGGUGCUGGAGAGAAUCCUGUCAGUGAAUAUCGUUCAGUUAUAUUUUACCAUGUUGGGAAACCAGAAUGGGUGGAGACUAUUAAGGUAAAUAUAGGAAUUUACCCCAAAUGGUCAGCCUUCAAUAAGUAGUUAUUUUUAUCCUUAUGUAGGAUAUAUAAAGAAAUAAUUCGUAACCCUUUAACUGCCAGACGGGAUUGACAUCUAAUUUCUCCCAAUAAUGUCCAUGCGUUAUCCAGCAGUUAGGUAAUAAGAAUACUCAAACUUAUCGGGUAGAAGUUGUUAUCUUGAUCUAACACCAAAUUCUCGUAACUGAUCUACAAGUAAAUGUGUAGCAACAAGAAGGGAGAAUUAACAUUAAGAUCUUGCGAGUUGAAGGUGUAACGCUAGCAGUGAACAUGUUAUAACCCUCUGUAGACCCAUGGAUAUGUUACCUAGCCAUUUCGACGUUCGCACGCGCGCAGACGUUUGACCGCUGAGUUGGAUCGACCCAGCAUUCAAUAGAGGAGGAGUGGCUAUGCUACUUGUUGCUUCGUGCCUCGAAGACCAGCUCCGUUAGUUUGGGCACUGGCCUCGAAUAGAGUAGCUAGAUAUUCCUCAGUUUUAGCUUUCCCUGUGUAAUUUUUAUUUAUUUGUAUUUCAGUUGGUCAUUCCGAUCGAACAGUUCCAAAAUUCACACGUCAGGAUUAUGUUUAAACACAGGUCUGCUAACGAAGGUAGAUACAUGUAACGUGAUAUAAUUAAUUACUUAUAAAGUUCUUCUGUCUCUAAAUUUAGCUUAACCUCCCUCCAUUCAAUAUACUAUACAACUUGUCAAUGAUUACUGUAUUUUCCUUGUCAUUCUUAGCGAUGAGACUGCAAAACCUGAAACUCUGAGGGUCCAUUUUCACCUAAAUCCCCAUAAUUUCCUUUUAAAAGGUGUAGGAUAAUUUUGAUAAUGGUGUUACUUAUUUUACCGUUGUACAUGUUUGCACAUUAUCUCAAAACAGAGAGAGACAGAACUCAAAAGUGCUUUGCCUUUUCACAUACACGGCUCAUGUAUAAUGACGGGACUACUCUUCAGGAUGGUACACACGAGCUUUUGGUCUACAAGGUCAGGGAAGAUGCUCUUGUUACUAAAGCUCUUCGGUUUUUUUUCCUUAUUCAUUCCUCGCUUUUUGUUAAUUCCCCCUGUACCGUACCUGAAUUUCUGGAGUUGUUAUGAAAACUAUACAUGUAUCUUAAGUGAGAAGCCAGAGUUUAAAGCUGGAAGGAUAUUGAUUGAUAAAGGGUAAUUUGGUUUUAUCAACUGAGUUUUGCGAAUUCGCUUUGACAAAAAGCCACCACUGGAAACGUUAGCUUUAGAAACUUUUUACGAUGUCCAAUUUAUGCUAUCAAUCAAGUUGAUAAACGUAUUAUCUUGUCGACGCAGCACCGCAGUUUCUUUAGGAAUGUACCCUUUAUUUGUGUGGUCUGAUAAACCUGUUUAAUGGCCUGUGAUGAUACAGUCAUGUGUAGAAAUAGCUUUGGGUAGAGUAUUGUCCACGCUGUAUUCAGUUGUCCAUGAACUGAAAAGAAAGAAUGAUGUGUUGCAUCCAGCCUCGUUCUCGCUCAAUUCUUCUUCACUAAGAGGCUUCCGUGUGGGAGAAUGGUGUAACUCCCAAAGAGAGGCUCUAGAAGGAAGUAGACUAGCUUGUUCGUGAUGGAAGUAAUCUUUCAUCUCAAGAACGACGCCUGUAAGAGAAUAAGAGGUUGUCCUUUUGGGGGGGGGGGAGGGUAGCAAUUAGCCUGCAUUUUUAGCGUUUUGCAGGGGGAGCGGAGGCAUGUGCGAGGUAAACGCAAAGCGAGUGCAAGGCAAACGCGAAGUGCGAGACACGUGCGAGACACGUGCGAGAGGAGGAGGUGUUUUUUGCGCCUUGCGAACCUUCGCUUGCCUGAACAACAUAAAUUGUGCUUGUUGUUCAGGCUACUGGGAGAGAAAACCUUCGCUCAAAAUCUCUUAUUGCGUGUUUUUUUGUACAGAAUGAUCAUGGAAAGGUACCUCAUCCUAAGCAGUAUCUCCAUCUACCUUCCAAGAGAGAUGAUGUUCUUCCUGUGAAAACCAGUAAUAUGCCAUUCACAGCGACAAAUGACAAACUGAAAAUUGAAACUCUUCUUUGUUCAACCAAAUUGACCCAAAACGGUGAGUUAGAAAUUCAUCUGAUGAUAUGUAGUUAGUCAUGAAUUUUCGAAUUCUUAAGGUGGAAAAAAGCAAACUUCAUUAAGCGCGGGAAUAAAAGGCUACUCCAGUCGCGGUUAGUUUCAGUUUUGCUCCUGAUUGGUUGAGAGUGUGGUGCGAUUUUUCUAGACCAAUCAAACACCGUGGUGAAGCAUAGCCAAUGCACUCCCGGUUUACUUUCGACACUCAAUUGAAAGCCACUCAUGUCUGAGAGGAACUCUUGUUAGGUUGUGAAAGUCACCAGUGUUAAUUGUGACAGGCAACAAAUUUGUUGGUGUUUGUUUGUUUGUUAUUUGCUCAUGUUGUAAUGAGAUUCAUCUUUUUCGUGUGCUAGUUGAUCUUCUUGGACUGCUUAAGUGGAAUUCCAUGGUUGGAAAAUUAAAAGAUAUUCUGAUUACUGUGAUGAAAGUCAGUGGUGAAGAAAUCGUUAAGGUUUGUGCACAGACUGUUUCAAACAAUUUUACGUCAUCCAAUUUGCCAGGAAGAUACAGAGGCCUUUUUUGAAAUAUCGCAGGCCUUGAGAUCUGAGCAGGUUCAUAUUUAUGAAUCUUUGAUGAUGUCCUGACGGAUCAGAGUGUGAUUUUGUUAUUUAUAUAUUUAUUAUAUGUUAUUUAUUUAUUAUUUAUUUAUUUAUGUUUUUGUUAUUUAUGUUUUGUCAGUUUAUUCUUAAAUGAGGUGGAGCCAACAAAACAUCUAUAAUUUGGUUUUAUCAACUGAGUUGUAGUGAAAUUAUAGAGCUGACGUUUUGAGUGUUAGCCCUUCCUAUCUUCGCUCUGACAAAUGGCUACCGCUGUAAAUGUCUUAGUAAUCUCUCUACGGUGGCCAAUUCACAUUAUCAACUCAUUUGAUAAAACCAAAUUAUCUUGUUAUUCCCCUCCUCCCCCAACUGAUGCAGCACCCCCCCCAACUGAUGCAGCACUACAGUUUCUCUACCCACUUUUUAAAAAAAAAUCUCGAGUUUGUUCAUUUGGUCGCAAGGUAGUGCGACUCCAAAACUAUGUGAACUAAGAAUUGUCGCUUUUGUUUUAUUUUUUAUUGAAAUUCGACUCGACUUCGACUGUCUUAUUUUCAGUUCUUGACAGAUACGUUUGAUGCUCUCUUUGCAAUUCUUAUGGAACAUGCGCACAAGUAUGACAGGCUUGUGUUUGACGCCUUGGUAAGUUGAAGGGUCUUGUCAGUUCGCUAGUAAUGGGGGAGUACUUUCAAAAGCUGUCACCCUCUACUUGUUAUUACCUUAACUUCAGUUUACUUCGUACUUUUAUAACAUAUACUCCUUGAGUUAUCACUUUAAAGAAGCGCACAGACGUUGGCCAAAAGUUUUAAAAAGGCAUUGAAAUUCUAAAUUUUUUCCCACGGUUGUUGGACAUCAAUAAGUGUUGCUAAGAUGUCUCAGGUUUUUUAAAUCCUUGGUGAUCUUCUUCAUCCAGAAUCAUCCUAUUUUCCAUUUUGUCUAUCUGUGCCUACACUCAGGCAAACUGAAAACGACCCAAAAAACUUGGAAACUCAAACUACUUCGACACCGACUACAGACAGGGCUUGUUGUUAGCGACGGAGUUCUUCUAUUUUCACCAGGUCUUUACCAUCAGUUUGCUGGCAGACAAAAAGUAUCACCAUUUUAGACCCGUGUUAGAUGCCUACAUAGAAGAGUUGUUUGGAGCCACGAAAGCAGAUCAGUGAGUGAUCUACUUGUUGGAUAUAAACUAAGACAUACGGUGUCUGGGAAGUUAUUAAGAUUACCAAACAGUCUGGGCACUCACAUGCGUCCAUGUCAGUCAUAUAUGGGAAAGGCUCACUAAAAUAACUAGUUUAGCUUUCUAGCCUGCUUGUAUCUUAAGGUGAGAGGGGAAUUUGGACUGUGUAAACUGGAUUGAGGCAAAACCUCUCUCUUUGCUUGGCAGCGCCAGGAAUGUUUAACUAUCUGUUAUGAUAAAGCUCAUAAAAGUGUCGUUGUUUGUAAUUUGUGAUCUACUAAAGUACAAACGAUGAUAAUAACUUUUGGCAACUUGUAUUCUGAUCGCAGCAUUCUCAUCUCGGUAUUUUUGGAGUACAUAAAUUAUGCAAUAACAGCAGCAGAACCGGAUAAAAUACGUAUGGAUCUUCUUCUCAAGGCUAUGAAGGUACGGCUUGCCCUGUCUUGUGUCAAUCCCUCGGUUUGUCUUCCUGUGCCAUGUCUUUACUUUGUGAUUGUCUGUUCCAUUUUCUGCCUUCUGCUUGACUGACUUCGUUUCUUUCUUAUCUCUCUGUCGAUCUGUCUGAUUGCCUGUUUGUCUGUCUGUUUGUCUGUCUCUGUUUUUCUGUCUAUUUGUCUGUCUGUCUGUCCGUCUGUCUGUCUGUAUGUUUGUCAGUCUGUCUGUCUGUCCGUCCGUCCAUCUGUUUGUCUAUUUGUCAGUCUGUUUGUCUGUCUCUCAGUCUGACUGUCCUCUUGUCUGUCUACCCGUCUUUCUGUUUGUCUGUCUGCCUGCCUGUAUGUUUGUUGGUCUGUCUGUCUGUCCGUUUGUCUGUUUGUCUAUUUGUCUGUCUGUUUGUCUGUCACUCAGUCUGACUGUCCACCUGUCUGUCUCUCUGUCUGUCUUCUUGUCUAUCUGUCUUUCUGUCUGACUGUCCACCUGCCUGUCUGUCUGUCUGGCUAUCCGUCUUUCUCUCAGCCCUUAUGUCAAUUAAUCUGCCAUUUAUUAAAGGGCAAGCGUAUUAUUUUCUCCCAUAGGCCAUGGAGUACAUUUUCAAAUUCAUUGUUCAGUCAAGAAUUUUGUUCUUAAGGUAAGGUGGUGUGAUUGAGAUGAUCACCGAGAAACAAUUUUUCUAUUUCCAUUUCCCAAGAAGUAAGCGAAAUCUCUUUGUUUAAUGUUAUCAAUUGCAUCCUAGAGCGGUUGGUGACAAGGGCCAGUCCGAAUUUGAAGAGAAGUUGAGAAACCUGUUUCAAGCUCUGGUACAAUUCAUGGCAGAUGUCAAGAAUGACACCCUCCUCACACAAGUAUACCAAUAUUUUUUCAUUUGGGGCAAAGGUCAUGCUUUUAAUUCUCUUCAGAGUGAGCUUUGCGCCAAUAAAAAAUUGAGAACAAAUGGGAUAAAAGUGCAACACCGCUGAUUAUUUUCAUUGUGUGAAAAACUCUUGACACAAAUUAACAGACGAUAAAGGUGUUACCUUUUAUUUUUCCUCAGAGAACGAAAAGUUAGCCUCAAGUUUUUUUAAGUUCGUCGUUUGCAUUCUGUUUCAAUCUUCCCAACCUAUAGACUUCUUUGAUUCAUGUUGGUUUAUUGCUGCUUUUUAUUAAUUUUUUUUUAUCUUACUGACCCAAUAUGUUGUAGUCUCUCCUAUGAUGGUAGUUUUGUAUUGCACAAAAAGAAUGUCUGAAGAUGUACUGGAAGAAGAGAAGCUUCUAUAGCCCUUUACGCCUUAACAUCACCACAAAUGUUCUCCGUACUGUUUUCUACACCUCUCUUAUGGUGCUGAUAAGGAGAAUUUCUUCAUCAAUCAAGAGAUUGUUUAACUGGCAAUAAUUUUCUCUAUUCUGCGCAUGACUUUGAUUGAGGGGUGAUAUUGUUAGGAGAAAUAGGAUGCAAAUCACUUUUAGGGGUUAAAGUGUAAAUUGUUACGGUUGAUACUUUAAAACAGUCUGUGUAGGUUGCAGGGGCUGAGUUUAGUAUUCGUGGAACCCAGGACAAAAAUGCGAUAGGAUCUGAACUUUAGUAAGCUUUUUCACCAACGCUCUAAAUAACGUUGAAAUCGUCACAAAUCUGACUUUCUCCUGGCUUUGCAUUUUCUUAUCUUAGGGAGCUGCUUUGAAAUACUUCCCAGCAACGUUUGUAGACUUGAUGCUUGUUUUUGAUAGCAAAGAACUUAGGUUUGUAUUGUAUGUAACCAAAUAGAUAGGUUGUAACUUGCAUAGUGCGUUCAAAGAGAACUUCUGUUCUUCCUCAAUAAAAAAAUCAAGUAUAAUGAUAAAAUUAAAUUGAUGCGAGUUUUUAAUUUGGUUCGAUUGAGGGCGAUAUUUUAAUGCCCUGAGAUAUAUGUUUUAGUUUCAAGUAAACAAUUGGGGCUAAAUUGCAACACAUUAACGCUAUUUUGUUUGAUUUAGUCACUAUGCAAGGGAAUUCAUCGAGAAAAUUCCAGAGAAGCGUUUGACUUCUCAGAAGAUGGACUGCAUCCAUAACAUGGUGAAAUCGAAGCUCUUUGAAGACCAAGGUAAGUUUGCACUUCUCAUGUUGUUGUUCUUUGUUGUUCGAUUGCAAUCCUUGUACAGCGGAGGAGAAAAGCUACAGAAGCAAGUCAAGUUUCACUGUUGGUCUAUAGUCAUGUAAAAAGCACGAUCACUUUCUGUAAAAACCUACCAAAAUGAUGUCAUUGCUUCUAUCAUAACAGGCAUGCAGGCAUGCAGGCAUGCAGGCAUUUUUUUUUGUCAUUUAUUUUGUUUACUUUGCCAUUCCCCGCCAUUUUAUUCGCUUCUCGCUGCCAAUCGCUAGUUUAGUCACCCAAUCAGCGUUCACAGUUUUAUCACAUGACCUACCAUAAGAAGACAUGGUGGCAGAAAAUGCCUCAAAUGGAACCUGGGAACAAAUUUUAAUUGCUAGGAAGCUUCGAACGGUGCAAGAAUCGUUUAGUAUGUCACAGUUUAAGUUUACAAGAAAAAAAACCGCUUUGUUAGUAAUCUAUAUCUUCUUUAACAGAAUCACGCUAUGUUCUCCUCCCCAUGAUUGUUGAACAACUCAAACACGAGAUGAAUAAAAGUGAGGAAAUGAAGAGCUGUAUCGACAUCAUGAACGAUAUUUUGAUCAUUUUGACAAGGAAUGAUGUGGUGAGUUGAGGAAAGUUUUGUACAUGUACUCGAUUUUCGUGAAUAUUUUGUAGGCUUUUAAAGCUUUUAUCGUCUCAGAUAAGAGUCAAACCCAGGGAAGUGGAGAGCGGGGAUGGCGCAGUGGUGAGAGCGCUCGCUUCCCACCGCUCUAGCCCGGGUUCCAUUCCCAGAUGUGGUGUCACAUGUGGGUUGCUUGUGUUGUUGGACCUUGUUCCGAGACUUUUUUCCCGGGAAAUUCCAAAUUCAGUGCUACGUUGUUGUAGCUUUUGUCUGAUAUCUCGUGAACCAAAACAGUUUUCAUAAUGUUAUUCAGAAUUAGGCCUUUACAAGUACCGUACGUCAUCAACACUAAAUUCGGUUUCUCCUCGGUGCACACUAAGCUAUCAUUUGACCGAGGCUUGAUGAGCCUUCGUGGUUGAUACGAUCAUAACAUUCCGUUUAUCUGUGCAGGGCUCCACCCACGACGAUGUUCUUUUGUUGGCAACGUCAUUAUUGCGUGAUGUGGUGAAAGCUGUGAUCAUGAUGGAUCGGUCGCUGGCUGUUGUGGUAGGUAUUUUUGUUUUGUUGCCGGACGGAAUCCGGGCAUUCAGUAAUUUUGCUUCACAGCGCUCUAUGAUUGCAUAAGAAAACAUGAAUGAAUUUUAACACUCAAUUGAAAACGGCUCUAUAAGACAAGGUGCUUUUCUUUUCAAUUUAGUUUGUACUGCGUUUUAUGCAUGAUGCAGUGCAAUCUUGCACGCUAAGUUUUGAUUCAUUUUAAAACGAGCGGGACGUGUUCUUCCUGCCCGUUAUUAGAUAUUAGUUGCUGUUUGCGCGCUGAUUGAUUGAUUGAUUGACACGCAUGUGACUUGGGUGAUUGGCUAUUCACCAGCUGUUGCUUUAAAUCGGAUUUGACUUGGUUUUCUUGUAUCAGGGUAACUACGUGGCGUGUUUGAUAGCCAUGCUACAGCAGAUGGACGAGAAACACUACCAGCUGUACGUACAACACUUUCCAACUGACCAGGAUCUGCUGGUGAGUUUCAUAAUUAUUGAUCUUUUAUCAUUUCUAAAAAUUUCUCAUCGCGCAAUGAUUGUUGCAAACGUUGUUCUCUUUUUUCGUAACUUUUUUAUUUGUAAGUAUUUAGAUUGAGAAUGGAGGGCGUUGUUACAGAAAAAUAUAACGACCCCCCAAAGAGUGUUUACGUGCAUGUCGUCCACAAGGAAAACGGGGAAACACAGUCUCCAUUACAUUUUUGUGGACACUGUGGUGUGUUGGAUCGUCUUUCUUGUUGGAGGGCCUAAACUUCGUAGUACACUGCUGUUUCGAUAAAGAUUGUAUAAAAAAGCGGAAAAGUGCAAGCGACAACCCCGAAAGGUGUUUUGGGUAGUUUUCAGGUCACGAUUCCUUGACCUCAGGAUUUCAGGGAAAUCUGAGAAGACGUCUUUGUAAGGACGAGGUAUCGCGGGAAGGAUGAUCUUGUUUAUUUUUUGUUUAUUUGAUCGAUAAAAAAUUUACUGAUUAUCGGAAUCCCAGAUUACCUUUUGUGAUUGUCGCGUGUACUUUUGUCUUUUGUCUUAAGACAUACGUAGACUCAUUGCCCGUCAUGAAUAGGGGGUAAGUUUCUAAAGAAACCGUGGUGUUGUAGAAGAGCAGAAGCAAAUAAAGCUCUAUGUGAAAAAAUACUGAACUACCUUAUGCACCUGUUCUUCCGUAGGAUUUUCUUAUGGAACUUUUCAUGCUGUUUCGCGAGUUUGUGAGCAACAACAUCUUUCCUAAAGACUGGAUGGUAAUGACCAUGGUUCAGAACAGGUGUGUGGCUCGGGCGAUCGAUCGAAAUUGCUUCAUUGAGAACCUUCUUAAAACGUGAAACCCAUGUUACCUUUUUGUCUCGUGUACUUAACUGCUUUUAAUAUCGUUAACCUCGUUUCGCUGCCUGAUUGUUCAUAUUUUGUGUCAAUAUAGCGUGAUCUUGAAUGCCAUUCAGUAUUUUUCUGAAGCGAUGCAGGAGCACUUUGGAGCAGGGGCAUUUGAGGAUCAGGUGAGUAUUUUUGUGAAUGUUUUCUGAUUUCACGCCGUUAACAAGAAAACUCGUAUAUGAGAAGGAAGAAUAGUGAGACCGUAAAUUAGUUACAAGAAUUUGGUGUUAUGGCAAGAUAAUAACUUCUCCCUGAUAAGUUUGAGUAUGCUCAUUACUUGUUUGCUGGGUAAUGUAUGGAUAUUUUAGAGAGAAGUUAUAUGUCAAUCACCCCCGGGCAUUUAAGGGUUAAACUGGCGUGAACUUACUUGAAGGAUAUCAUUCUACUGAAGUUUAUUGUCGAACGUUGCUAUAAACGAAAGGCCGAAAAUGAACACGAAACAAGAUACUCGUUUCCUUUCUAUGAGGCAACGAUUUACAUUUGAAACCAAAUAAAUUGGUUAAAUUGAGAGCACUGUUAGUAUAUUGUUCUUUUCAUUGGUUACUAAAUCCCUUAUUUCUCUUCAUUUUAGUUGUGGAAUAAUUUUUUUCAUCUGGCCGUGGCGUUCGUAACUCAGGAAUCCCUGCAGUUAGAAUCGUUCAGCACCACAAAACAAGACAAAAUUUUGGAAAAGUGAGUACUUCUUUUUUAAAUUUUUAUUUUGCGAGUGUUGCUGAAUAUCACACCACCUCAAACAUAUCGUGGAAAUCUAAAACAAAAACGGGACAAAUAUCUCUCAUAACAGGUUAAGAAUUUGUUCUGUGCUAUUAAAACAAACAACUAUUGUCUAAAUAUCAGAGGAAAAAACUCAGUUAUCCAACUUAUUGUAUUUUUACAAUUACUACCAAUCUAUAAAGUUAAUCGUAACCAACUGUAUGAUUUUGCAAACAAUUGAAAUAAAAACUUGGUUUAUUCUAAUUCUUAACAUCCGCAUAAACGUUUUCCCAAGAACAGGUAACUCUUUUUUCUUGAAACAAAGAAUUUUUUGCUUUGAGGUCUUCAAACUCAAAUCUAGCACAAUAUUGAGGGGCUUUACAUUCAGACAAAUUUACACUACACUGUAUCACGGACAGAUAUGGAGUCAUUGGUGGCUGCAGAUAUGCAGCCAUCGGUGGUAAGCGUAAUAAUCAAGUCAAAAUGUCUAUGGUUCUCUGAAAAGUGAUCGCAUUGCUUGAGUUUUACUGCUUAUAAAAGGGACUUCCAAUGUAAUAAUUUUGCACACAAAGCGCAGCAUCGCCGUUGCCUUUGAGUCGCGGUAACGAGUUCUGUGCUACUCACCCAACGGUGGCUGACAGAAUUUGUUGAAAUCCAUGAUCAAGUGGAUUGUGGCAAUAACACAACCCAGGGAUAGAAGCGUGGUGAUCAUUGCAAGCAUCAUCAGUAGAUUGGGUUCCUUGUCAUACCUGUAUCUUUUACCGCAAUCGUAGCACGCCCAGUAAUAACAGAAGUGGAAACCAAACACCAGGAACGGAAGUAGAGAAACGCAACCAAAUAUUUGACCCCAAUGUUUCGCGUCUGUCGUUGUCGAACAGUCGCCAAAGUAAAAGUAAGUAAUUAGUGCUUGAGGGAAAGCUUCGAGCCACACUUUUAUUGCACUCAUCCAAAGGUGAAUGGCCUCGUUUGUCUCGCCUCUUCCGUAGUCGCCGUUGCAGCAUAUUUGCCUAAUUCUGUGAACGCAUAAUAGUUUUCGCGCGACACUGAUGGCAAAUCCAAUUCCCACGAAGGCGAAGAGGGCUUCAGUGACAUUGUCGCUGGGAUGGCUAAUAAUCUCUCCUUUAGAAUACAUAUAACAAAUUUUGACAUCAAGGACUUUGUCAGAUAUUUCAACCAAUAUCAAAAUGCUAUGAAAUAGCACAUGAGGGAACUCGCUCGCGACAGACCGCAUUGCAUACGAUUACUACGGACUGAUUUACGCAUCAAAGAAUACCUUUGGUGUUCUGAUGAACCUUGGAUACCGAAUGAGCACUGAUUAGAAUUUGACUAACUUUUCCAUGUGAUCAAGAGUCAAUAGGUGUUUCCUGUUUGUCACAAAACGAGACGCAGAUUGGCCCUGCUUUUUGCGAUCAUCACUGAUUGCCUUAUUUGUACAGAACCUUUACAAAGGAUGUCUAUUUUGUGGUCUUGAAAAGUCAAAGAUUGUUCAGUCAUAUCAAGUAUCACAAUUUCUAAGAAAUUGCAUUUAAACUAAGGAUAAUUUCCGAAAAAUGUGUCUUGACAAGUUCAGUUGCGACAAGUAACUUAAGUCAACAAAAUGUGUUCAAAGAGAGGUUGAAAGUCCAUUACAGACUGUUUAUGAAAAUUUUCUCCUCUGAUAGCUACUUGUUUCCUUUUUGAGUACAGAUAGGACCAGAUAGAUUGAUUUGCGUGACGAGGAGCCAUACUUGUUUUUCUAAGGAGCUGUAGAUAUGCAAGGACAAUUCAGUUGCUAGGUUUCCAAACUGAUCUCGCCUCACCACCCUUAAUUUUUUCUUUGAAAGAGUAAAUUAACUUUUUCAUGUGGGAAGGAAGGUUAGCUGCGUUACCAAGUUUUCGGUUUCGAAAUCCAAGCGAUCGACUCAGUGAAUUCUCAUAGUUUCUUUCCAAAAUCGAGCUUAAAUUCUCACAUAAACGAGGAAUCUGAAAUAUUGAACCUCUCAAGCGGUCCGAUGAAGAGGCCGUGAAACAAAGGAAAGUCUCUUUCUUGUUGUCACCAGUUAUCAUAAUUAGCAUUUUUCUACUUAUUAUAAAUUCAACUUCCAAUGCUUUGUACAUUAAUUAACUGAAGAUGACAGAAGUUUCUGUAGAAACAUGUUUUACAAACUAAAAAGUUUUGUCGUUUUCUUUAAAUUCUUCCUGUAACAUUCGCUCUAAGCAGAACUAAUUGCAUUCCAUUUUGAGCGAGUGAUAUGCGCUUGAAAAUAUUCCGUAGGUGGAAGGUUGCUACGUGCGCAGAUUAGGAAAUGUCGAGCGGAUGUCUGGUUCGGAUGUCUAGUUCGAUGCAUAUCAAGUAAACCUGCCCAAAUAGAAGUUCCCGUAACAUUCGCUGUUAGCAGAACUCAUUGCAUUCCAUUUUGAGCGAGUAAUAUGCGCAUGAAAAUAUUCCGCCGAUAGAAAGUUGCCAUGUGCGCAUCUUUAAAGCUACACGGUUUUAUUCUUUUAACUAUUUCCAUUAGUAAAACUCGUUAACAAAGCUUGAAACAUCACUUAGGGCGAUUUUUCUAAUCUAACCACCUCUCGUCGAUAACUAACUAAAUAUUUCUUUACAAUGGGUGUGUUGGAAAAUCUCUCGCAGUCUCUGACUUAGAAAAAUAUCGAACAGAGACCCUUACGUGAGAAAUGGCUGUAAAUUAUUGCGACGUUACAAGAAUGAGUUUUUCGUUCGUUUAACGGAUGUAUAACACGUCUCCAAAUACAAAUAUCAACAUCAGGCUAACCAUGUUAGAAUGGUUUUCACAAGCAGUGGAAAGCAUGCUGGUCUUUAAAAGGUAGAAGUACAUGUUUAAAAAUCAGCCCCAAUGCAUGGUUCGUUGAAUUUGUUUAUCGAUAUACCAGCAAAGAUACAGCCAAUCAAACAGAUAAGGAACUGAAUGAAAAGCGUGAUGGAGUAGGCCAUCACUCGAUCCCCCAUUUCUACGUAAGCAUAGAAAUAGGAAACAACGUAAAAUAUAAACAUGAUAAAGGGAAAUAUAGAGAAGGCGUUGAAGGCUUGAACCGUGGUUUGCGUGGAACUCGUUGGUGCACAGUCGCCAAAGUAAAACAUCGCAAUUGUUGCUUGGGGAAAAGCUUCGAACAACAUUUUGGCCCAACUCGUCAACAUGUUGAUGGCAUGAUGCACCUUGUCUUUGCUGUUGUCGCCUCUCUCAGAGAGUUUCAUUUUAUGAAGAUGGCAAAAAAUGCGAAAGACUGUCAUAGGCAAUCCAAGGUUAAAGAUUACCGCAAGAGUGUUAGAAACACUCACCUUAGGAUUGUUAGUGAUGUUUCCGUCCGUGUAUUCGUUAACAGUGGAAUAGUCAACAAGCUUGUCAGCUAUUUCGUAGGCCACCAAGAUAAUGUGCCAAAUAUUACACACGAAGUCGUCCAUACUGUACUCGUCUUUUCCUUCUCAAUGAACGCGUCUAAAUAUUAUGCUGCUACGUAGUUUCUCCUUAUCGAUCGAGGAAAUUGGAUAUCAAGGAUUAAAUUCAGAUGUAAGGCUAUAUAUCACAACAAAUGCUAAGCAACUAAUGAGGAUGUCGAACUGGGUGUGACUGAUUAUCAUAUGACACAAGAGCUAUGACAAGCAGUUUUUUUCCAGAAAUCGAAAUGUGAAUUAUGAAUUCCCGAACACGAGUAGUUUAUGCACUAACGCGAUGUGUUUUAGAUUAGCCUAAACUGGUGUAUGAAAAAUAAUUUCGACUUGUUGAUGGGCUGUAAUUAAAUUUCUGAGCCUCAGACCUUUCAUCAAAAAAGCACAGUAAAACCAGCUCAGGAAUAAAACACUAAACAAUAUUCUAUUCUUGGAAAAGACGAUAGUAUGAAUUAAUGAAUUAAAAUAGCGACAUGAGCGAGUGGUCGUAGUUUCAGUCUUUGUGAAAUAAUCGAUUCUCAUUACAAUUGGUUACAGCCAAGUUCUCUUGAGGCUUAGCAUAUUAACAAAAUUAAGGCCCUAAAUCUUCCAGAUAAUUCUCGGCCUCCCCUUUUGCCUCCUUUAUUCGAAAAUGUUAGCUGGUUCUGGAUUUUAAUACACUGUAUGUAGUUACAUGAUAUAUAUUUUUUCAGUCUCUUCGAGGCAUUUGUAACCCUGGAAUAUCUAUAGUUAGAACUGACCUUUCGCUCCAAUAAACAGGAGGAACUUUUGAAAACGUGUCACUCUAUAUUCAAAAGUUUUUUAGCAAACUGACCUACUUAAGGCUUCCUAGAAGGCUCCUAUGGCAGCUGAUUAAAAUAUAUUGUGUAUCGAGUCUGUACAUCUUUGUGCGAUGUCAGAAUGAGCACUAGCAGUAUGUUAUACAGAGACAAUGAUCGUGACGCAGUAGCACGCUGUUUUGUGUCGAUUGCAGUAUUGCGAAAACUAUUUGGUUGCUCAUUGACUAAAUGUAAUCAUAAUAAAAGCAGAACAUCUCUAUAAAUAGCCAAAGAAAUCUGUACCUUACUAAUUUAAUUAUGCUGUUAAUUUUACUUGGAACUCCUCCAAGUGACGGUGCUCAGUGGUAUAGUCAGUGCCUAAUCAGAAGUCUGGCUUUGCCUGCAAAACAAAUCUCUCUUUGAUACCACCUUAGACGCAUAGUGUAGUGUUUAAAAUUAGGUCUAUGAUCAAAUUACCGGGUCAAAAAUUCCAGUUUCUUAAAUGUAGAUACUCUUCUAUACAACUAAAACGCUCGCUCUUCAGGGUUCCUGGGCAGUGUCUUCCGCACAACUGUUUAUUUUUGUGGCGCACAGAGGUUGUAGAAGGCCAUGAUCGAGUUAUAUGCGAAAUAAGAGCCCAGCGCGGACGGUAUCAGUGUGAUGAUGUGAAAAAUUACCUUCCGUAUUGAUACAUCAUCACAAUCACAUUCUUGUAAGCAGUGAGAGGAGUAGUAUGUGUAGAAAUGGAAAACAUACAAAAUGAAAGGAAGCAGAGAGAAGAUAUUAAAGGCUAUACCCCAGAUCCUCAAGUCACUCGUUUUCGCGCAGUCGCCAAAGUAAAAGUGACUUAUUAUCGUUUGAGAGAAAGCCUCCAACAAUACUUUCAACAAACUCAUCCAAAUCUUUAUGGUUCUGUCGGUUCUGCCUUUACUGCAGUCGCCCUCGCAGCAUAGUGUAACGAUUCUGCAGCUAGAUGUUACUGCAUGUAGUAAAGUGAUGAAAAAUCCAAUUACCAUGAAGACAGUGAGGGCAAUGUAGACAUUCUUAUUCCAGUCGUUGGAUAUUUCUCCCGCUUCAUAAUUUGUCAAAAUAAAGCCAUCGACGACCCUGUCAGCUAUUUCGACAAUUAUGAAAAAGCCAUAAAGCAGUGAACUUAGUAAAUCUCUCUUUGUAAGACCCAUUUUGUUCGGUUUCUCUUGUCUUAUUUGCGCAUUGAAAAUGCUCUGGAAUGAUUUCAAAUGUCUUGGAUCAGGAUUUUGGAAUGAAAAUGAUACGGAGCUUUGCAUCUGACAAGUGACGGCGGGCGUUUUUUCAUUUUGAAAUGAGAGUCACGGAUUGGCUGUGCCUUUAUGACGAUCAUCUUUGAUUGUCAUAUUUGAACAAGGCCUUUAAAAAUAUGAUUGACGGUGGCCUUUAAAUGUGAAGAACAGUUCAAUCUAAUUUAGUAUCACAUUUUCGGAGAAACUGAACAUUUCCGGGAAACGUGUCUCAACGAGACGUGACCGCAAUGCGACCUAAUACUUUAGUUAACUACUAGCUGUUCAUGAAACGUUCCACCUCGAGAACGUCAACAUGUUAACUUUUCUAAUGGGUGGUAGAAAAUCCUAAACUGCGGCAAACUUUGACACAAAAAUUGUAACACAUUUCGCUUAAAGUGGGAACAAAUAGACUCUUGCGUGACUAGAGGCUUCUUUGGCCGUGCUGGUUCGGUUCUAGGAGAGAAGGUGCCCAGACUAAUAGAAUAAAACCGUAUAGAAUAUCUCAAUGGCUUAAAUGUAUACCUUAGCAUUGUUAUAAAAUAAGCGAUGGUAGUAACUACAGAAAUAGAUGAUCAUCUCUAUCUCGGGAGAUGCGACUAGUACGAUGGAAAAGUUGUGUUGAGUAUUACAAAGGCAAUGAGCCCGAUGUUUCACCCACAGUGUUACUAUUAUCCUCCAAAUUACAAGACGAAUCAUAAAGUGUCAAACCCAAAUCCAAGACUAGGAUUGCGGAACAAUUAUGUCGAUGUUGAGGAGGUAUUUCCUCGGGGAAAUACCAUGCGAAACUCUAUUACAUGAUAAAUAGUUGUCAUUUUUCGAUCAGCCCCAUUGAAAUAGCUAUCUUCCUAUACAAACCGUCAGCUUCGUAUUAACCCGUUAGCUCCCAGAUCAAAUUUGUAAUUCUCCUUACUGUCAACGAUACAAUUCUUAUGAUGUUAGUUCAGAUAAUUUAGUAUUGGAUCAACUACUUAUCCUCAAAUUGAUAUUUUUCUUUAUUCUCAUCACUUAUCUGGUUUGAUAUUGCAUUGAUAUUGUAAGGAAAAAUUCUAUCUUGGUCACUCAUGGGAGUUAAAGGGUUAAAAGGUAACAUUUUAUCACUGAAUUCGUCGCACUUUCGUUGUCACAAGUUCUAUAGUAACCUAAGUUACAAGUGAUUUCAUUGGUAAACAUUUUCUUCCAUCGUACCUCAACCGAUAUUUAGACACUAACUGAAUAGUGGUGGAAACCUGUUGACCUCCUGCGGAUUUACAAUAAUACAUGAUCAUUUAAAACAGCACGGGCUUAAGAUUCGGAACAAAACAUACUGUGCUAUUAUAACUUCCCGGCCGAAACGGGUUUGAUGGUGAGCGGUUUAAUCAAACAACAGGCUCUAGAAGGCCUUUCACAGUCAACAACAAUACGUUUCUUGAAGUUGUUUAGAACGUGCAGCGUUCGGUAAAGGCGAUUAUGGUUUUAACUGCACAAAAAAUCCCCAACAAGGAUGCCUUCAGGGUUGAAGACACGGCAAGGAGUGUCAGUGGAUUGGGCUUCUCGUCAUGUUGAUAUUUACAAUAAGGACACCAGUAGUAGAUUAGGUGGAAUAAAAACAGGAUGAAUGGGAGCAAGGAAAAUAAACCAAACGCUUGACCCCAUUGUUUUAAGUCAUCAGUUACUGCACAUUCGCCAAAGAAAAACCUUCCAAAAAUUGCCUGAGGGAGAGCUUCAAGCCAAACUUUGGCCAGACUUGACCAAAAACGAAUAGCUUCGUUGAUCCUGUCUUCGCUUGAACUACAAUGCUUCUUGAUUGCCAGUAUGGAAAGUGUGAUUCGAGCAAAACUGAUGAGAAGUCCAGUGAUAAAAAAUGCAACAAGGGCAUAAUAAACGCUAUCUUGCGGAUUGUUAGAUACCUUUCCCUCGCUAUAUUUCUUUAACAUGACGGCGUCAACAACCUUGUCGACUAGUUCGAUGGAUAUCAAGUAAACCUGCACAAAUGGAAGAGCCCCGUAACAUUCGCUGUUAGCAGAACUCAUCGCAUUCGAUUUUGAGGGAGUGAUAUGCGCAUCAAAAUAUUCCGCCGAUAGAAAGUUGCUACGUGCCCAGGAAGCAAUGUCGAGCGGAUAUCUUUUUUAUCAUAAAAUGCAAAUUGGCUACUGCCCGUUCAAAUAAGAAAUCGGAUUGGUUACUGUAAGUAAGUGCUUUCUUUGUCUGUCAUAUUUGGACUGGGCUUUAACAAUAGAUGUUGACAAGUCUCUCGGAAAUGCCUACUUAAGACAGUACUACCUGACUGGGCUCACAGCACACCCGGUAAUAGAUUCAUAGACAAUUUUGGGGCGUGCGUGGAAGAAUAUAACGCGCCAAGAUAGCUUCUUCUCCCAUUAAACGCAGGCCCCUAGAAACGCCUGUUCGCAGGCUCGAGCGCGUGCUGCACAGAGGAGAUCUUUAUGUGCUUAAUAGUGAUUUCAAAAACUGAUAGAUUUCGCUGCAACUUCCGUGAAGGAGUUCCGUUUCUUCCAAGUGAGAUCUUUAAAGCUACGCAGUUUAAAUCUUUCAAGUGUUUCCAUUAGUAAAACUCAUUAACAAUGCUUGAAACAUCACGUAGGGCGAUUUUUCUACUCUAACCACUUCUCUUCGAUAACUAACUAAAUUUUUCCUUACAAUGGGUGUGUUGAAAGAUCUCACGCAGUUUCUGACAAAGAAAAAUAUCGAACAGAGACCCUUAAGUGAGAAAUGGCUGUAAAUUGCCGUGACAUAAAGGGAUGAGUUUUUCGUUCGUCUAACGGAUCUAUAACAUGUCUCCAAGUACAAAUAUCAACACCAGGCUAAACAUGUUAGAAUGGUUUUCGCAAUCUGUUUUCACUAAACAGCUUGCGGCAAACCUUGAAACAAAAAUUGGACCACAUUUCGCCUAGAAUGGGGACAGAUAGACUCCCUUACGUGACUAGAGGCUUCUAUGACCGUGCUGGUCCGGUUCUGAGAUGUCACCCCAACACUGCUUUCCUAUGUAAAAAAUCACGUUGAGUUUUUAUAAGAAAGAAGGUGGUCAUCGACUGAUAUCCUUACAGUAGCCGAACUAAAAUUUCUCACGUGAACUGCGGAAAAAUUAUUUCUGCAAACCGCGCUCCGGUUAGAAGUUCACAAGACAAAGGAAAGUGCAAAAAAAAAAAAUUAAAACGAGCUUCGAUGGGAUUGGUUUCACACACCAAUCUUCAGCGGGGAUAAUGUAUAUCUUAAAGAUUUUUCUUUAACGAGAGAGGGCGUUAGUAUCUCAAUUAAACGCACCGUCGGAAGUUUUAUUGUAAGCUAAAUUAACCUCUACAGCGGCAUCCAUGAUCUAUAAUUGCUUGAUUUAUAUUGCUUGUGCCAAAGCAAACAUCCAAUGUCCAAAUUAUACAAAAAAGGGAAAAACGCUCUCGACGUCACUGAUCCUAACAGAAUACAGGACGUGCUACUCAUAUGAACACAGUGCAUGGUCUAGUUCACUAGUGUGUUCCCUGUAGCUCAGUGGAAGAGUAUUGAACCACGAAAUCCGCCGGUUAUAAGUUUGAUUCCUCUCGUACUACCUAGUAGGUAGCUCGACGUUUUCUCUUUUGCAGGCUUUGGCAAAAAGGGUAAAAUCUCACCUUAACUUAUAUGUCUCGUGGAUGUCGAAUAGAGACAUCUAAUUAUGUGGGCUUGAGAUAACGGUUCUGAAAUUCUGAUCACAUCAACUUAUUUUAUGUUAUAGAUAUGCAGACAUGCGUAUGAUUAUUGGAAUGAAAAUCAGUGAGAUGUGGCACCUUUUAGGUGAGAAUUGAUCUAAACUUGACAUGUACAGUGUCAUCAUAGCUGUUCUCUAGUCAAGCAAUGCUCAUUCAGUUCAAUGUAGGUCCCUCUUAUUCCGGAAAUCUUUCACCCGCGAAUAGCUGUAGUGUUUUAAACGACUGUGAAUAUAUGAUAGUCAUAUAUUUUAACUACGGAUAAAGACGUGAAUAUGAAAGCGAUCUUCGCAGUAAUGAACACUACUUGAGCAGUAGCGAAAAUAAGGCCUGAAAUCCCGUAUAGGUCUGAAUUGGUUUGUUAACUCAGUUGGUAGAGCGUUGCACCGGUAUCGCAGAGGUCAUGGAUUCAAAUCCCGUACAGGCUUGAAAAUUUUUCAGGCUUUAUUUUCACUACUGCUCAAGCAGUUUUCAUUAUUGCGAAGAUCGCUUUCAUAUUGAUGAAGCGUUUUAGUUAGCAUAUUAGCAACCAGUUCGUUAAGAUUUUUUUAGACAAGUUGUCUUAGUAUGACAGGUGACUUUUCUUGGCCAAAAUUAUAACAGUAGAAAUGUUUGUGAUUCAGAUGACUGCAUGAAUCUUGAAUGAUCUCGUUUCAGUGUCAAAUUUCAAUAUAGAAUUUAAAUUGACGCAUUUAUUUGAUAACAUUUUUGUGUUCUUCUUUUCAGGUGAUCACAAAACGUUCUUCAUUCCUGGAUUAGUGGGACCGUUUCUGGAGAUGACACUAAUUCCACACACCGGUAAGGCUUCUUGACAUGAACACCUUGAAUUUGAAUUAGUGAUUGGAAGGAUUUCAAAGGAAAAGUGACCUUCCCACUCUCCCUGGCUCCUGGUAAUUGAUGUUUCGCACAGAGUAGACGAGUUGUAGCAAUAGGAAGUUUACUAAGCGUUGCCCUUCUUUAUUCUUGAUUGAACACUACGGCUCGGAAACUCUGUUACGACUUCAAAAGAUAGCUCCUGGUUACUCGAAACUUAACCCUUUCACUCCCACAAGUGACCAAGAGAGAAUUUCUCCUUACAAUAUUAAAACAAUAUCAAGCAGGUAGGUGAUGAGAAUAGAGAAGAGUCUCAAUUAUGAGAUUAUUAGGGGAUCCAAUACCAAAUUCUCUGAACUAACAUCAUAAGAAUUGUAUGGCAGAUAGUAAGGAGAAUUACUAAUUAGAUCUUGGGAGUGAAAGGGUUAAUUAGCUUGUGUCUCCGUUUGCCUCAGCCCUAGUAUUAUAGCUUUUUUUUUUCCGAGGAAAAAUCGCUCGCAUUUCACUCCAGCCACGACCUAACGUGAAGGAGAGUUUGCUUUGGCGAGUGCUCUUGUCAAGUGCCUCUCGGUAGAUAAUUUCGUCCUCGACUUUUUUGUGAUGACAAAUUUCUAUUUAAAAAGAAGCAAAAGAGGGGACAUUUCAAAUAUAAAGAGGAAAAAUAUUUCCAUGUACACUCCGUCGGAAAGAUUAUCGAGGAAGACUAUCAAAUGUCAUUACGGCCUUUUACCCUUCCUCUUAUAAACGCUCCUUUAUUUUCCCAUGCUCUCUUUCCUCCUUUUCAGAGCUUGAAUUGAAUUUAUUUAGGAGAGGUAAUUCAUACCGUACUGUACAUUUACAAUUUUUUUUCAGAGCUGCGACGAGCCACAAUUCCCAUCUUUUUUGACAUGAUCCAGUGCGAGUACGCUGCGAAAGGAAACUUCAUGUCAGUAAGUACUCUUAUAAGAAUUAGCUUUUCAGGGUUUUCAAUAACAUUUUCCAAGAGUAGCUGCCAGUGGUGCAAUAGAUGGCUGACCCAGACAGACAGCAGUUGACAGCCGGUAACUAGCUUUCGUUGAAACCCCUGGCUUUGUAUUCUUACACUUAUGUAAUGUCUUUUUGAUUGCUUUCGAAAGGUUGAAAGUGAAAUGAUCGGCAAAUUGGACGUGCUCGUUGAAGGUGGCAAAGGGGACACACAGUACAAGGAACUGUUUUAUGAGAUGUAAGCGGAGCGCUUCAGACAUAACUGAUUUAGAUGUUAAGAGUAAUUAGUUUGUCCCAGCCGAUGCUCAUCAAAGCAUCCACUCCAGUUGCCCUAUAUGGAGAUGUGGCCAGAUAGUUAGUUUCCAGGACUUCCAUGAUCGAGUCCCGGGCAGGAUAGUUGUAACGUGUUCUUUAGUGCAAAUCGUUUUACCGUCCCUGAGUCUCUUUCUUCUCAGGAAUAUAUCUGGGUACCAAAAACUUGUCAGGAAUAUAACUGGGCACCAAAAACUUGUCAGUUACUUGAAAAUACUAUAAGAUAACUUUCAACGGACCAGCCAUCUUCUAGUCGGUUCAUAUUCCAGAUAACAGGAUUAGCCCUGCUGUUGUGGGAUACUUGGCUCGAGUGCGCUCUCUCACUUCAUAAAAUUCGUAUCGUUCGCACUUAAUGGAAAUUUUUGUGAAAAGAUUUGCCCAAAUUCUCUCCCUGUAACUGACGAAAUCUGUUCAGAAUUGAGAGGAAACUAUAUUUGCUGGAUUGUCUCACUCCUCGCAAAGUGAUUGAUAUUAAUUAUGUGCGAGUAUCUUUUAGUGAUGUUUUGGGAUAGAAACGUUCAAAAGGUUUUUUUACCCAACUCUUCUCUAGCUUGUCCAACCUCUUCAGCGAACUUCCGCCACAGCGAAAAGAAGAUGGGAUUAGGUUUGUCGGCUUGGUUACCAAACUUAUGGAGAGACUGCUGGACUACAGGACUGUCGUACUCGGGGAUGACAAUAUUGAUAACCGGAUGAGUUGCACUGUUAAUGUACUGGUAAGUGGCAAAACGCUUCAAUGUGGCCUUCUUCAGCAUAAAUUUAAUUUUCGCAGGCUAUCCUCAAACUGAAGGUGAUUGGGAUGGGAUACGGCACUAUUAAAAAGCUGGUAGAUCUGAAGAAUUAAAAAAGCGUUUACGAAAUUGCAACACCCACAUUCUGGCUACUUUUUUUAGGCGUAUGCUAAUUGAGGGGCAUAUUUAUCGACAGUUAAAACGUUCAUGGAAAUACCUUUUUGCCGUGUAGACAUAUCGUCAACAGCUUUGCUUUUUGUGAUUAAGAUUCUUGUUUUAAAUUACAGAACUUCUAUAAAGAGAUAAAGAAGGAAGAAAUGUACGAUCGGUAAGUGAAAACAUUUUGCCGCUGUUCAAGCUCAGAUAAUUAGCCUGUGUAGCUGGCAAUCUUUUGGUUACUCAAUAAAAAAAAAAAUUGAGUUAUUUAUCAUAGGACGCGAGGGCGCUGAUACAGUAUUUUCAUUGCGGUGAUUUUGGACGCGAGAAUUGGGUUUCAAUGAUCGCAGUGGGGGUGAUUGAGUCCGAAAAUCGGGAAAUAAAGAACGAAGAACGAGUAGAAUUCGAUCUUCCAGUUUCCAUGAAGCCCACAGAGCCACGGAAAUGAUAAGCGGAGUUUCUAGGUUUUUCCCAUUCGUUCGCGGCUCCGUUGCUUUAAACUCUUAAAACACAGGCAGCUAUGAAAGCAAGGAGAUCGUAGUGUGAUGUAACCUCAUAUCGUCCAAUCCAUCCAUCCUCCUAAAUAACAAAAGGCAAGAAAUGAUAAAAAAAGGUUUUUGAUUGGUGGCGUUGGAAGGAAUUUGUCGGUUGGUCUUGCAUCAAAAAGUAUCGUGGAUGUACUUCAUACAGAAGGCUAGAGAAAACUGCAAUAGGGUGCAGCAUCGGCCUAUUCUAGUAAUAUUUACACUGCCACAUACCGUCUCAAAUUUCACUUGCUAGUUAUUCAAUACAUUUCAUGGAGGCCAAACCAUUUUUUUGUGGAUUCUAACCUUUAACUAGGUAUGUGUACAAACUGUGUGAACUUCACCUCAGUGUUGAGAAUUACACUGAAGCUGCCUUCACGCUUCUUAGAAGAGCCGAUGACUUGAAGGUUAGUAACGAUCUAAAUGAUGACAUGCUCCUCACUCGGGAUCUCAGAAAUUCUUUUUGGAUUACGUAGCUUCGGGAGGGAGGGAAAUGGUUAACAAUACACUCAACAUCAAUUUCAGCUGUUGCACACCUACGCUUAAAAAAAAAAAAACUUGUAUAAAGAUUGUUUUCCACCUUUUGUUGUGUUCCUUUUCUUCUCGUAGUUCACUGACGAGCCAGUUUUUACGAGCCAAGGAAAAUACCGAGCCACUACUCAGCUGCAACUAAAAGAAAUGCUGUACAGGGACAUCAUUGAUUACUUUGACAAAGGAAAGGUAAACUCGCCUGCACUUUUCAGAACCCUACGCAGAGCGCUACAGAACGUCACACCACCGUUUGUUUCUGGCGCUGUCAUUGUUGAUAUUAGGACUUUGGAAGAGGCUUUUUUUGUGGAUCAGACUAACCCUUGUAGCUGCACACUGAACUGAUUAAAGCAAGAGAGACUCGGCUAAGAUUCUGAGCUCUCUGCUCAUGACUUAGAACUCCGUUGACCCUCACAGAGGUUAGGUGAUUCUUGUUUCGAAAGCAGCUAUAGUUAUCUAUUAUAUCACGAGCAGGGGUUUCAUAAAAAGACUCAUGUUGACACGAGACUGUGUUGCUUCUUGUAUUCACAGUGCUGGGAGUAUGCUAUUAAACUGUGCAAAGAAAUUGCUAUCCUGUAUGAGGAGCAGACGUUUGAUUUCAUUCAACUCAGCCAGAUCUUGGUAAGAUAUGCACGUCCUUGUAUUCGAGAAAAAAAAAGGAAUUGCGUCACUCAUUCCCUAUACGUAUUUUGUUUACUCUUAUUCAACGUCUUCUUGACACAAUUUCGAAAUGUUGAGGCCACCUUCAUUUUUAUAAUGUGUAAUCCCCUCCAACCCCAUCAGUGUAUUGUUUUCUAGGAUAUGACGCUUUUAAAUUACAUGUCAAAAAAGCCAAGCCAAAUGAUCUCCACAGCCAAUUAGAAAAAAACUAUUGUUAAAUGAGCUAAUCAGAACUCAGAUAAAAAUUCAUUUUACACGGCCCACUCGUGGAAUAGCUCGUGCAUCCAAUUUGCAUAUAAGCUUUUUACCUGGUUGAAGGUUUCUCGAGCUUCUUAAACUGAUCAUUGGUCAAGGUGAGGCAAAAUAACUGAUGUAAUCUUAAUUUACUUUUGACACUCGACUUUUCCAAUGUCGUGCACAGUAGGACCAACAUUAUUCCUUGAAGGAAGAGGGGAAAGUGUGAAAAGAAGUUGACUAUUUAGUCUGAGUUAAGGGGAGUGCAUAAGGAAAUACGAGUGUUUUAGAGAAGUGUCCCAAAGAUUUCUAGUUUUUAUAUUCUAUGUUGUAGCAUAUACAUGGGUCACUAAAAUCGUAUUUGGAAUUUGUGUAAACAUAGUUUGGUACGAGUUGUGAUUAAUGUGCCUAAUACUUUAUCAACUGUUCUUAAUUGAUGGAUCUUUUUGAUGUAAAGUGUUGCAGUAAGAUCAUCCUUAUUGUUUGCUAAGUGUUUCCUGCAUUGAUCCUCAUGACACUCAUUUAACCAAUAUUUUGUCACCAUUUUGUUCCUGAUUUCCUCUUUGUUUCCCUUUUAAACCUGGUAGCCUCUUUAACCCCUUCUCUUUCUUCCCGCCACGUUACCCCUUGCCUCUUGCCAUCUUGGUUUUUUCUUAAUUUCUCUUUAUUUUUUAUCGCUUUCAUGUUGUAUUUGUAGAUUAAACAAGCCAAGUUUUACGAUAACAUCAUCAAGGUCGUCCGUGGGGAUCCAGAAUACUUCAAGGUUGCCUUUUAUGGUCUUGGUUUCCCGACAUUCCUAAGGGUAAGCACUGCAACUGUUCAAUUUAAUAACUUGUACUAGCUUGCAAUUUCGUUAUGUUGGUGUGUGAGUGAUUAUGGAGAGGGAAUUGCUCCUUAUGCUGGUUUUUAUCGUUCAUUGGAUAGUUUUGAGUGCAACGGUCAACGAGCUGCAGGGGGUAUCUUAAGAAACAGAAUUUCAACAAAAUGGGAUUUCAAUACAACUUUGAUUAUUUAUUUUGUUGAAUUGUGUUCUUCAUUUACAUUUCUGAGGAAUGAAUCCAACAUUUGUCGAAAGCAAUUUAGUAUUUUUGUAUGUUUAUUUUUUGUUUGUGUGCAUUUAUAAGUUGACAAAGGGCAAAGAAUUUUAUUUAAGACUUAAAAAAUGAUAAUAUAGCAUAACACUUUUUUUCGGCUUUUUUUCCUUCAGAACAAAGUGUUCGUGUAUCGUGGCAAGGAGUACGAGAAAAUCGGCGAGUUUGUCGUUCGAAUUCAGAGUCAGUACCCCAGUGCUCAGGUAUGGCAACAAACAGUGUACAUCUGUCCAACUCAAAUUUAUGAUUCAGUUGGCUUUUGGACAUACUUCUUGUAUUUUUUUAUGCCCCUUAACUUCGGUCGCCACAAGUAAGAUGCAAAAUUACACAGAUAUCACUCCUAAGUAAAGGAGUGAUAUUGUUAAUCAGCCAUAUUUACUCGUCCUUAGUCAGAGUACAAUUUAAAGGUUGGUUGGAGAGGAUCUCAGAGGGUUGAUGCAUGUCUUAGUCUCAAGCCUUUUCUUCUGAAUUCGCAAGAGUAUUUUCUACAUGUGAGAGGGGUAUACCUCAGAUGUGAACAGUUAUUUCUUUCUUUCUUUCUUUCUUUGGCGCAUCUGCUCAGUAAUAUUUGACUUGGUAAAUUAAUCAAAGUUUUUUUUCGUUUAUGGCAGAUUCUCAAAAUGAAGGAUGUCAUUACCAAUGAAAUUAAGCAUUCCAGCCAACAGUGUAUCCUUUAUACUAGCAGUUUGACUUGAAGAAAAGAAUGAUCUAUUUUCCCACGUGGCUAGCGAAUGACUUUCCAAAGAUAUCGGAAAUAUCGGGCAAUAACGAUUGAAAAAUGUGAAAAUAAUCAAAAUAAACACAGGAAAAAGCUAGCAAGGGAACUGAUGGCCGAAUUUGGAGAAGAGUAACACGGAUUUCUACUCGGAUGGUCCACGUGAAAAAAAAGGCGGUCUAUCUUAAAUAGUGGUGUAGGCUUCAGUAUUUCAAACCUGUUCAGUUUCUAUUAAAAGUACGUGCACUAGUGAACUAGUAAAUCGUCGCCAGCUCUAACCCCCAUUAUCUUCCCUUUGAUUUGACGUGGACUCUUUUUCUUAGUGUUAUCCUUGACGUUACCAGAUCUCCAAAUCAACAAAGUAGACCCAGUACCGGUGGAGAAGCGGAAAUUUCGGAGAAAGAACAUUUUGGAGCAGAUAACUAAGUAAAUUUAAGUCAACUUUCCUCUCUCAGUCUUUUCCGAGGUGUCUUCUGUUUCGCUAAAAUCAACCCUGUCACUUUCCCACAGAUUCUACGAGGUGAACAAUGUGAACCAUUUUCAGUUCUCCAGAGGAGUACACAAGGGACAGGUUAACAAGGACAACGAAUUCUCGGUGAGCCUCCUUUUGGUCGGAUGCUUUGACGAGCUACGCUUCAUCUUAACAGAUAAUUUGGUUUUAGUAAAUGAGUUGAUAAAGCAAAGUGGCCUUUGUAACGAGGUUCUAAAGGUGACGCUUAGAGCGCUAGCCUUUUUUCAGUGGACAAGGGUUGACGCUCGAAACGACAGCUUCAGAAACUCUUUACAGUGACUUAACUCAACCUAUAAAACCAAAUCAUCUUUUAAUGCUUCCCACCGAAGCAACACCACAGUUUUAUUUGGAACUUACCUCCUUGAUAUAUCUUAGUUGAACCAUAUGUGACUGGGAAAUCAGACUGGUUUGAUUUACGAAUUCGCGUGGGGACUUCAAUUUUCUCUUUGUUCUACUUGUGCGGUUGGGACGUUAAGAUCGCAGAGGAAAGUUUUCUUUCUUAGUCAUGAAACAAACUCAGAAAGACGACCACAGUAGGCUAUUGAUUUUUUGCUAACUAAGCGGAUGCGGAGAACUGAUAUGUUUCCUUUUGCAGACGCUGUGGCUGGAGAGAACGACCAUUUAUACCAAGUUCACGUUUCCUGGUAUAUUGUGUUGGUUCGAGGCAACUUCUAUUGAGACGGUCUGUUGAUUUUUUUUCAUGUGUUGUUCUCACAUAGUAAAAACUUGUUCGUUUUUGGCUGGUUUUGAUUAAUUUUGAUAUUGUGCGUGCUUCAUUUGGGAGGGAAGUACUAUUUAAUGCACUGAAAGUACACUAACCAUAUUGCCGUCGGCUAAGAGUAAGCGAGUGAGUGAGUGUAGGCCUGCAAUGCAUGCAUGAAUUUCGAGUUUAUGAAUAAUAUUAUGUCGCUGUGUUAAUUUAGUUUGUGUUCUUCAUUGCGUUUCAUGUCAUGGUAUGUGUCAUUUGUCGCCCAUGUCUUUUGAUCAGUCUUGCAAUCAUCUACACUCCCACUGCCAAAGGGCAAUGCGGUCGCUCGUGGGACAAUGUUCUCCUCUGUCAAAAUCCACGGGAAGUGAUCUAAAAACAUUGUCAAAUUCAAGUUUAAACGACUAAGAUCUUCCUCGGAAUCUACGUCACUUUUUAACACUUGCGAUAGCCUGAGUAACUAAGCGAGGUUAUUUUAUUGGAAGGAGUGGUAACCAUUUUUAUUUUUGUUCGUUUUAAUGUAGGAGGAACUGAGUCCUGUGCAGAAUGCUUUGGAGACAAUGGAAUCUGCUAACAAGCAGCUUCGAGCUCUAAUUGGUCGUCACAACGUGGACCCAAAUCUGAACAUCAAUCCCUUGAGUAUGAAACUUGGAGGAAUUAUUGAUGCAGCUGUUAUGGGAGGAGUCAGUAAUUAUGAAAAGGUCGGACAUAUUGACCUGUUAGCCUCUUUACAUACCCAGCGACUAGCUAAUCUUUUACGUUGGUGCUUCUCUGGUUUUAUUAAGCCGAAAGGGUAGAAUAGCUUAUUUACGCGCUGAGAUUAUAACCCCUGAUUGCAAACGGCCAUUUGUGUUGAGAAAAAUUGUUAAGGCUCAGUGUUGACAUGCGAAAGGAGGUUUACACACAAAUUUAUUGGUUAAGAGGUGUGUAUUUAUUAUGUUCUUGUUUCUUGAUUUAUUUCAGGCAUUUCUUACUCCUGAAUAUAUCAAACAGAACCCUGAUUACGCACCGUACGUUGAGAAACUUAAAGAAUUGAUAGUUGAUCAGGUGAGAGCUUGAGAUUAAAUUCGAUAUAAAAUUGAUUAAUAAUUCCAUUCAAUUGGGGUAAAGGGAAUACCAGUAAGGUGCAGUUCAUAUUUGUAGCACACCAUAAUAGUAAACAUUGUGUAUGUUUGCUAUCCCGAUGAAAUACGGGUUUUAAUGUAGCAGUGACGUGAUUUGAUUGAUAUAUAGGUGGAAAUUUUGGAGGAAGGAAUGGUACUACACGGAAGUCGUGUUUCAGCUGAUCUAAAACCUUUCCAUGAAAACCUCGAGAAACGUUUUAAGGAAAUGAAGGUUAAGACAGCGCCCUUUAAAAAGGUGAGUACAGGCGAAAAAAAAAUCUGUUACACGUCUUUCUUCAAUUUCUAUCCUAGAUUAGCCAUCCUGCAAUGCUCAAAAAGGCUGAAGAACUGACGUAGAGACUGAAACAAGUUAGGACUAAUGCGAUAUUAAUAUAUGACCCAUGUGGCCCUGCGCGCGCUUUUAUUGUGAAUCGUCAGACAAAGAUCCCCGUACAGUAUGAGGGCUGUACCCCAUGGCACGUGAAUUGGGUGUGAAUUGGGCCGGAAAAUGCCGUAAAGCUCUGCGAGAUGCGAGAUGAUGAAAGAAACGAGAAAAAGAAAGAGCGACGGUCACAUGACAAAAAGCUUAUUGACUGAGUUAGGUUUGGACGGGCGGAAAAAUAGUUGACUCUCGGUGAUGACGCACGGACCUUGUUGCGCUCGAUCCGUACUUCAUGACCUUGAGUCAAAUAUUUUCCCGCCUGUCCGUACUACUUAGUCAUUAAUAACUGUAUCGUAUUUUCUUUGCACAGGCUCGCGCAAGCAUCUCCAGUAACCCAAAGACACCAGACGCCUCUCCCUUUGGAGACCGAUCGAUGACAGUUGUUCGAAAGUCACGAGAGGGCAAGCCUAUUAUAUCUGGCCGAGACAGCCUGGAUCAGAUGCACCAGUCGUAUAGCGGAUGGACAGAGUAAGUUUGGUCUCCUUCGAAUCCAAUCGUACUUUAACUGCGCUUCCCAUCGCUUACGCUGCAAUAUUCUUAGGCAACAGAAAGCUUACAACUCUCCAAUGUUCCUAUCCCUUCCAAACUCGUUUCUUAUCUCGGAGUUUUUUGUUCUUUAAGGGUAUCGUAAGACAGUUUGGUUUCCGUAUUGUGGUUCUGCAUUUUUUCUUUCUGUAUUGGAUGUAAAACUUUUGGAUGCCCUUAUUUAUGUGCGCCUUGUUCCUUUUAAGUUGCCUAGAUUUCUUGUAAUUGUAAUCUGGGGGUAUAGUACGUCGUGUAUCGCAGGUAAUUUAGUGUUAACAAUUGAGUUGAAAACGUAAAUUGGCCACCGUAGAGAGUAAAAAAGCCGACGUUUCGAGCGUUAACCCUUCCUCAGAGCGAAGUCAGAGCGUCAUCUAACGCUCGAAACGUCAGCCUUUUUACUCUUCACGGUGGCCAAUUUACGUUUUCAACUCAGUUGUUAACACUAAAUUACCUGCUAUACUCUCCCACCGACGCAGGACCACAGUUUCUUUAGGAACUUACCCCCUUUAUUCAUACGUAGUGUAUCGUUCGUUAGGCGCAAGCUUCAAAAUGCCCCUCGGGAUCCAGAGUGCAACCUGUGUGUCCAAAGUUUAAGGCAAAUUUCUCUCCUUGCUUUUCUCUCUCUCCUUUCCUCCCCUCCACUCCUGUUUAAUGUUCAAACCCAAAACAAUAACCCAGAAAUGGGAAAUGGGUGAUCAAAACACAUAUGUAGACUUUUGUUGGUAUUUGGUAUGUUAUAGCUUGAGAUUUUUCGCAUUUUCCGACAAUUAAUGUUUGUCUAACGGUGUGGGUUCAGUCCUAGAAACGUAGACAUCAUGAUAUUUCAUCGUAUCACAAGAAUUUCCCAUAUGAAUUCAGAUUUGUGGAGAGUAACUAAACAUAGUUACUAUCAGUGUAAACUAAAGCAAUGGAUAGCGUUGAAGGUGUGCUCUGAUUGGCAACUCAAACUCCGAAUAUCCUUUGUUAUUCACCUCCGAGCAACGCACGUGGGAUUUUGUAAUCGUUGCAGGAUUGAAUAAGUUAAAAUCAUUCUUUUGUGCGAUAUUAUCUCACUAUUAAGUAUAAACUAAAACAGCUAUUUACCUCAGUGACAGUGGUAAAUAUCAACCACUUGCCUUCUCCACUUCGGUGAAUAGUUGUCAAGAGAUUAUUAUUUGGGUUUCCUCACAUUCUUUCAGCUCUAUCGUUUCUACGGGCGGAGGAAGCAGUGCAAACAAUCCUCCUCCACUUCCGGUGAAGUCGUUUACUAUGUCCAGUCCGACGGGCCGUCCACAGAGGAGAAAAACAGUGGAAGUCUUUUCGCACACUGAAGAUGGGGUAAAUAUGCAUAAGGGGAAUGCUUGUAGAAACAAAAAGAAUAUAAGUAGCAUGAAAUACUGUAGUUUGAUCGUUCGGGUGAGUGCAGUUCUGGACUGUUGUCGGUAGUGGUGACUGACGUUUCGACAAUCUGAGCGGAAGUCAUCAUCAGAGUCAAGUGAAUAGUUGUUGUCAGUCGAACCUUCUAAGUCCAGUUUGUAUAAACUGAUUAGUCAGUUUUGCCGUGAUGUAAUUGGCUGUAAGACACGAGUGGCGUAGGUCGGUCGUGAUUGGUCGGUCUCGAUCCGUUAGUAAAGUUAGGUCGUUCUGUUCGGUUCGUUUUUAAUGGUAAUGUCGUGAAUGAGUCGUUUGUAUGGUGCCGGUAGUGGUUGACACCUGUUGAAGGGAGUCUGUGCAAGACUUAAAUUCGGGACUGGAGAACAACACAAGUUAAAAUGCUAUGCAAGAAUUUCACUUAAAAUAGGACUCGGUCUACCGCAUGGAUGUUAAAAAACAAGUUCAUGUUAUUUUGCCAUAAUUUUGUGUCUAUAAAACAGCAGAAAAGGUUUCCAGUGUUUCUUGGUAGUACGUUAUACAUGACUUUCAGAGAGUUUUCUUUUCUUUCCACAUGAACGUUGUUCUAAUCAGUAACUUCGUGAAUUAUUGUUUCUCACGCAAACUGUUUCUAACGUUUGUGAAUCUUCUUGUGCGGAUCUAUUGGUAGGUCGUUCCCGUUAUACCGGCUAUCUUAGUAGUACUUCUAACGUACUUUCAAACCCUUUAUAUUACAUUAAAAACAGUGUGUAUGUGAAUGUGAUCAAUCUAAUUAAGGCUUCAAGCAAUUCUUGACUGAGUGAUGAAAACAAAUUUCUUCUAUUCCAGUUUAAGAACACAGCAAGUCCUUUGUCAGAAAUCGCUCCACCCAAACCCCCUCGACCAUCUCCACAGGUACACCAACCGGCUCCGGAACUGCCACAGAAAACUAUUAUGCGGAAGAAGUCUGCUGACGUGCAUCAGCGCUCUAGCACUGAAUCCAGUGGAUCUGAUGGUACUGAGCAGGCAGAGCAGGUAAUCACUGACAGAUGUCAAUCAGCUACUUGUUCGGUCCGUAUCUAAUCAGACGUUUUCUAUGUUAGUGCCCAGAAGUAAAUUUGUGUAAGCCAAAGGAUGAUUUGUUUCUUGCAAGACAACGUAAAUAGUCUCGCACCGAUUUCGCUGCCGAGCGUUGUACGAUAUGGAAUCCUUCUGUAGUGUCUUAGGCUGCCCAGCAAGUAAGAGAUUGUCCUCUAAGAACAAAGGGGGAGUUGACCCAUUUUGUUGAAGUGCUGGAUGGUUCGAAGUACUUUCACGUUACAAAGAGCGACAAAUUUCCAAAGAACAAACUCGCAGUUGUCUUUUUUCAGGUCUUAUCUCAACUACUAGUUCAGUAGUGUUUAUAGUUGCGAGGAUCUCUUGUAUUCGUUUCUUUACCGCAGUGCAAGUAUAUUAUUAUUUUCAUAGAUCUACAAUCAUUAUUCGCAGUUGUCUGUUUAAUCCAGACGAUUUUGUUCUGUUCAGCAUCAUCUCUGUCAUCAUCAUCAUCAUCAUUGUUUUAACAAAUUUAAAUAUUUUAUUCUGAUUUUAACUUAUUCGUCUGAACCUGGGGACCUUAUGCAGCAGCCGCGAGAGAGCAUCACCCUUUAAACAUUGAGUGGUUCUUUUACGCCAAGGACUAAAGCAGUUGCCGACUGCGAUGAAAUACGUUUCGUACUUGUUUACAUUAAUUAGUUUACUUGUUUACGCUAAUCUCGUCGUGUAGUGUUUCCAGUGAUCACUUGCAAUUGCUAUGUCCUACCUUCUUUUCUAGUCUCCAGCCCUUCCGCCGCGCACGUCCACGAUUUUAAAGGUAAACGGGUCGCCACCAGUUCCCCCGAAGGUUCAGAAGAAUCGAUGAGCACAUAAGCUUAUGUGACGACCAGUCAACGGACCGAUAUGGUGAAGAAUUCCUUUGUGGAAAGCUGAAUUUUGAAGUCUAUACUUUUCUGUUAUUGAUCCUCAUGAAAUGUCUGCUACGCUUUAUGGCUAUUUUUCUAACCAUGAAGUUUUUUAUGAAGUCAUAAAGAUGUUUUGUUAUUUGUGAAAUAUUUCGUAGAAGUUGAUGAAAUUUUUGUACUCUGUAAAAACAUACAUUACUGUAUUCCGAUUAGUAUUUUUUUACCAGUAUAACAUUUCAGAGAUGUUCUAACGUACCUAGCUUUUGUUGAGUUUGCGACAUUCUGCUUUGUGUCAGUGUGUCGCGAAAAAUACAAAUAUUUUUUACGAAAUGAAAAUAUGGCACCUAGGCCGGUAGAGAGCCAGUCAACAAUCAUCUCUGACAUUUGUUUAAAUAACGUCUAAGCGCUUUGUAAGAGUGUUGUUGCUGUUGCCUUGUAAUCUGUUAUCUUUUUAGAAAGAAUAAACCAAAUAUUAUUCCUGUUAAAUUAAGAUUCUUGACCAGCAGUAUUAGUUACUUACAUUUGUCUUAACUCUAAUUGGCUAGAUUCUUAAAUCUUAACUCUCUUUUCGAUAAACGUGAUAGAACUUGCCUCAUCUUCCAAAGCUGAAUGACAAAUAUUAGAGUGCUAAGGUUGUUUUUCAACCAAAAUAUGUAUCUGCAAAGAGAAAGACAAACAAAAAGACGUAUUGAAAUAAUUGUAUGGUUUGUAAACAUGGGGAGCCUUUGAGAUUUCUUGGUGGUAACAUUUGUAUAAAGGAAACAGAAAUUAUGAUUGAAAAAAAGUUCGUAUUUGAUUUUACUUUAAACAGUGAUGCAUGUCACAAAGCGCUUACUUGGUCUUACUCGUGUGACACUUGCAGCUGUUCACAUGAGGGUGACGUAAGUACUAUAUAUAGAAAGUUGCGCCUAGGGCCGCUGAGGUCUCGCGGACUGAUAUUUGUUGUCAAAGCCGGUUCGUCGUCAUUAGUUAUUUAUCAAGCUGGCUGUCAAACUAGAAUAACGACAUAUUACAUAGCCUAUUUUACAUAUAAUUACAGCCGGAAUU